AUGAAUGCCAGCCCCCAGGAGGCUCUCAUCUCCGUGUUUCUGCAGUUCGUGGAGGAUCGGGGCCGCUGGGCCUACCGGGCCCUCAGCCAGACGCACCAGCCCCAGGCCCGGGAGCAGCUGCACAACGAGAUGAACCUGCUGUACCGCAAGAGCAAGGUGGAGUGGAAACAGAGCAAGGACGAGGAGCCCAAGAAGGGUUCAGCUAAGGAGCCUGGUGUGGGGAAGGCGCGGGACGUGGCCUCCUUCCGCCGCCACUUCAGGAUGGGGUUCAUGACCAUGCCUGCCUCGCAAGAACACGCCCCACACCCCUGUGCCAGCAGUAUGGCCCCCCGGUCCCUCUCCUGCCACUCCGUGGGCAGUGUGGACAGCAGUUCAGGAGACGGGGCUGCUGGCUCUCGCAAGCCGCCCGCCAAGCCCAAGCGGCAUCCCAGCACCAAGCUGAGCGCAGAGGCCAAGACUGCCCUGGAGCCUGUGGGGGGCAGAAGAGGUUCCCAAAAGUCCAGUUCCGACGGUCGGGAGCUGGGGCGCAAGGUGCCCCCCCAGAAGCCCAAGCGUAGCCCCAACACCCACUUGUCCGUCUCAUUCGAUGAGGCGUAUGCAGGCAGGCUGCCCGGCCCCCCUUUGGGCGGGGCAAUGCAGCGCUACGGCCGCGCCUUCUCUCAGACUCAAGCCAAAGGCUCCGAUGCCGAGGAGGAUGAGCCGGUGUACAUCGAGAUGGUGGGAGACAUUUUCCGAGGACCCGGGCCACCCUCUCAAGUGCCAGCCGCAGCGGACGAGGACUCUGACGAGAGCGAAGCCAUUUACGAAGAGAUGAAGUAUCCGCUCCCAGAAGAAGGGGGCGAAUGCCGACCCAGUGGGGCACCGGCCUCCCCGCGCCACCAUCCAGCCAGGCGGGAGGCUGCCAAGGCGGCGCCCAGCACCAAAACCUCCCCAUGUGAGAUCCCACCGCCAUUCCCCAACCUCUUGCAGCACCGCCCCCCUCUGCUGGCCUUUCCACAAUGCAAGAAGGGCUACAAAGGCCCCAGCCAAGAAGGGUCGAAGUUGCCCAUCCCGUGCCAUGCCAAGGACGCCCCAGCUGCUCCGAUGACGCCCCAGGUUCCCAGCCAUCAGCAGAGGGCUGGUGAGGGUACAGCCUUGGGCCCUUCGGGUCGCGCCCGCAGCCACUCCACGCCACUGCCCCCCCAGCCCGCUGGCCAGAGCAAAGCCGAGAAGGAGCUCCCCAAUUCCCACAGCAUGAUCUGUCCCCCAGCCAAGCAGGCCCCCCCGGCAGCCUCCACCCCGGCAGCCUCCACCCCCUCCAUGCUCCCUGUCAAAGAGAAGCCUGCCGUCUCCUACACCAUGGUCUACUCUGCCGUCAAGGUCACCACACACACGGCCCCGAUGGAGCAGAAGACCGAGAAGGAGAUUUCGGUCCUGCAUGGCUUGCUGUGUGCCCGCCCGUCCACAGUGCCCACCUGCAGGCAGGCCCAGAGGGCGUGCACACUGCCUGAGCCUCCACCCCUGGGCAUGGUCUGGACUUAUCCUGCCCCCUGUGUGGGGCUGAAGCGCCCGCCGGCAUACGAGAGCAUCAAGAACGUGGGCGCCAAGGCUUCCUCCACGGUCAAGCUCCCACUCCAGGACCGGGCAUUCACCAGCGUUGCCUGCUCCCACCUCCUGCCCGGUGAAGAGUGCGCCCGCCCAGCGGGAGAGGAGGAAGCCUUUGGGUGGGUGCUGCAGAGAAGGAUGGGCUAUGUGAACCGGAAGGUGAAAGAACCAGAAAAGGCUCCUGAUGGCCCGAAAGCUUUUGAGGAGAGUGACAGCGCCCCCACCAGGAUGGAGAAGGAAGAGAAGGCCGGGCCGGGCCUGACGCAGUCCGGCAUCCCCGUCCGCAUGCUGGGGCCUGAGGGCAUCGCGGUCAAGAUGCCCGGGGGACGGACAAACCUGCCUGUUCCCUGCCAAACCUUUCCCGCCUGUCACCGGAACGGAGAUUUCACUGGUGGUUACCUCCUGGGCCGCUCCGCAUCCACCUCUGGUGUUCGACACGCCGUGGUUCACACUCAGAGGCCGUGUAGCCAUCCCCGAGACCCGGCCAGUCUGGCUCUGCAGCAAGCACCGCUGCCAGCCCCCGGGCCCCUCCAGGGCUCCCGCGAGCGGGACGGCAAGCUCCUGGAGGUGAUCGAGCGCAAGCGGUGCGUGUGCAAGGAGAUCAAGGCGCGGCAUCGCCCCGAGCGCACCCUCUGCAAGCAGGAGAGCAUGCCAAUCCUGCCCAGCUGGCGGAGGAAUACAGAGAACCGCAAGUCUGGGACACCCCCCUGCCGCCGCCAGCAAACUGUGCUCUGGGACACAGCCAUAUGA